CAAGCUCAUACCACCAUGUCUGAGGCUAGAGAUGGUGAACCGGACCUUGAGGUUGACGAUACCACUGCGCAACCGCCGCCGAUGACCAAAAGCGCGAUGAAAAAGGCUGCCAGACGCGAGCGAAUUGCAGCCCAACGCGGAGAAAAGCGUGCCCGCGAAAAGGAGGUUCGCAAAGCCAAGAAACGCGAGAGGGAAGAGCGUAGGGCGGCAGGGGAGCUUGAGGAGGAUGACCUGCCAAAGGCCAAGAGGCGACGAGUCGGUCCACCCUUUGGGGGUCGCGUCGUCAUCGAUCUAGGAUUCGACAAUAGCAUGACGGAGAAGGAAGUGUUGUCGCUGACUUCGCAGCUUGCCUACUCGUAUAGCGCCAACAGGAACUCUGGAUACCAGUUCAGGCUAUUGUUCACUCACCUGGACGGGAAAACUCUGACAAGAUUGGAGAGUGUGGGUGAUGCUGCACAUUCAAGAUGGAAGAACGCGGAAUGGUGGACGGAAGACUACGACAAGCUAUGGGAGGCCGAUCCAAACGUCAAAUCUUCCGUCGUCUAUCUCACUGCGGACUCGGAGGAGGAGCUGACUGAGCUGAAACCCGAGGAAACGUAUAUCAUUGGCGGAAUUUGUGAUCACAACCGGCUCAAAAAUGCAACUCUAGAUAAGGCUCAAAAGGGCGGAGUCAGGACCGCUCGUCUCCCUAUUGGUCGAUAUCUCGCGGAGAUGAAGACGCGCAAAGUGCUCACCGUGAACCAAACAUUCGAAAUACUCGUCAACUGGGUCGACUCGCGCGAUUGGGAGACCGCGUUUCAUACCGUGAUACCCAAACGCAAGUUCGAAGAAAACGGCAAGAAACACAAAAGCAAAAACAACACAGAAGACAAUGCAGUUGCGGACCCCACCGAACAAGAGGGGGUCAAUGAAGGAGGGGAAGCAAGCAAGUGCCCUUGUCGUCGCGGGAACACGACAGAAAAGGCGAAAACUCAGACGAUGAAUCGCUCAAUGAACAAUGUCUUCAAGCGAUAA